AGUUCCUGAGAAGUCUCUUUGUGAGCAUGUAGUGACUGGAAAUGUCCAUCCUGAGGCAGCAGUGAGGGUCAUUCAAUCCAUGGCUCGUUUCAUGGCCGCCUAUUUCACCAAUCAGCAACUUUGCAUUUUGCCACCUCACAAUGUGAAUGUUCUUCCUCCACUUCAUAUUAAAAUAGAGCAGUCUCUUCGACUUAUUCCUCUGCAACACUCUAAGGUGGCCAGUGUUGUUAGAGACCAGAAUCUCUCUCAUGUUUGGACAGUUGAAUAUGCACUUGAAUUAUUAUUCAUUAGUGGCCUGGUUCCAGAGGCUGUGUGGUUGGCACAUAAACUUGGAGACUGGAAGACAUCUGUUUCAAUUGGUGUGGCCUUCCAACUAUUCUGUAAACAUGAUAGCAGUUUCUUAAGGUCCAAGAAAAAGAGUCUAAAUCUACCAGUAAAUAUGACUCCGGCACAGAUUUUUCGGGAAAAACUGCAUUGUCUUUUAGGUCAGCCAGCCUCUUUGGAAGCAAAAAAUGAAAUGGGCUCAAGAUGUAAACAAUUUACAGACCCCAUUGAAGAGGAAGAUGCAAAUCUGCUAUUUGGAUCAAUGCAAGAAGUAUUGAAAGCGUCAGUUAUGGUAGAUGCGGAUAUUCUUUCAGAGACAUUUCAACUUCUCAUAGACUCUGCCAAGGACUUCAGUAAGAGAUUGUGGGGCUUAGUGCCAGGCGGCUUAUAUCUUCCAGCGCCUCCAUUAUAUUGUCCCCAACCAGCUAUUCUUAGUGAAGAAGAUGGUGAUGAUCUUCUUUUAAAAGCUGAAAAAGACAGUCGUCAAAAGGUGUCUGGAAUCCUUCAGCGUGUUCUCUUGCUUUUCCGAGCAUCUCGCUGUUCUUUUCCUGUAGCUCAGUGGUAUAUCUUGCAGUUGAGGUGGGCAAGAAAAGUCAUGCAGAAGAUUCGAAUGAAAGGAUCCCUUCCUUCACUGAGUCCUUUCCCUCAGUCAUUACUUAAAUACUGUAAAGGAGGUAUAGCAUUCUUUAGACCUGGAGCACCUGGAGACCACAAGCUUGAUGACAUUUCCAUUAGAGCAAUAGAUUGCUUCAGACAACUUUGUGCUUUGUGCUGGAUGCUGCAUGUCCGUGACCACUUAUCCUAUAGUUGCAGGCAAUACCAGAAAGCAAGAGAAAAUGUAAGGGGAGAAAAGGAUCUUGAAGUGGAGUUUGAUUCUUGUAUGGUUGAGCACUGUCUCAGUGCAGUAGAAUGGGCUUACAGAAUGCUGCCUUUUUCUCGGUUUUUUAACAUUGAAGAACUUACACAGGAUAUAAUUUUGAGUCUUCUUGGAGAACUGCCACCGAUUAGAAAGGUCGCAGAAAUUUUUGUGAAAGCAUUUCCCAAUCCUGAGGAUGUGAGAGUUCCUUUAAGAGAAAAAUAUCACUCUCUUCAGCAGAGACUCAGACACUGUGUUAUAAAAGGUCCCCAGACUGAGGAAAUGAUGUCUGUUAUUAUGCAUUCUAUCCAUAAAGUGAGAAUAAAGGCCCUAAAACGUGUACAGAGAAAUAUAGGUUCUUUUGAGAUGAGUAUAUGGGAACCAGUUGAAGAAGAGAAACCAGACGAGACUCCAGGUUUUGACAGGUUUUCUCUGGGAACUAGUUUGAGCAGAAGUACACUAACAGAACCAGGGAAUUCUGUGGUUCACAGUGAUGCAGAUACAGCAGAUACAUUCUCUGAGGGUUUGUCAGUUGAAGAAAAAAGUGGGAUACAUUUCUAUCAAAGAAAUGCUCCAAAUCACGUGGAAGUAUCAUUGAUUUGUAAGCACAGUGAUAAAAAGAAAAUAUGCAAUCAGAAAGAAAACCCUAAAAAGAAAGAAGAUAAUGAAAAGUUAUCACAAAAUACACUUCCUGUGAUAGGUGUUUGGGAAUUUGAACGUGAUGAUGAUGAGUAUAUUACAUUUCUUGAUCUCUUCUUGAGUUAUGUUCUUGAAAGAGACCUACUUAAUUCCAGGAAUCCUGGCAUUCCAUUUCUAACCAGCUUUUCUGGAAAGCUUAGAGAACACGAACUUCAUUCUUUGCUUUUUGAUGUACAUACAACAUUAAAACGACGUCAGGGCAAAACUAAAAACCAGAGUGUGUUUAGAGCUGGCUCCUGCUUUGUUGUUGCUCCUGAGUUGUAUGAAUCUGAAAAAUCAUCCUUUUUAAAUGAUGCAUUUGCCAUAAAUUUAGAAAACUCAGCACUUUCAGCUUCAAUACUGGCUAAUCAAGGGAUCAAACCUUUAAUUUUAGAGAACUCUUUGAAUAAGGCCAGUAUAAAUGAAGGAAAGAGUGGAUUGUUCAGUUUAAAACAAAAAUCAAUUUACAGAAUACAAGAAGACAAUCGAGAGAAACCUCUAAUCCAGAGAUCGUCAGAUCACAUUUUUUGGACUCCCAAGUCCAUUAAAAAUAGAAGAUGUAUUUUCAGAGCAAUUCAGUACAAUGAUAUUAAUCCUCAUGAAGAUCUCCCUCCAGCACUAAAUGAUACUUUUGGUAGUAUAGGAAGACUGCUGGAAUGGAUGAUAAGAUGGUCUGAUAGAAGAGUACUCUGUGAUUCUGGUAUGACUGAAUCAUCCCAAGAGUAUAGUCCAGUAAUGCGUGUAAAGACCUCUACAGCUGCCAUUCUUACAUCAUUAUGGCUUUUACAACAGCCCUAUUGUGCUGCAUAUAAGGCAAAAAAUGCCAUUAUUAAGGUGCUAGAGAAUCAUUACACCGAGUCUCAGAUUGGACCCAAUAUUGAGAGAGAGAGCAAAACAGAUACUGGCUAUUUAGUUGCAGUAGCAGCUCAAGGUGGAACUGAUGAAGAAAAUGAUCAGAGUAAAUCUUGUCAGAGUACCUUGAAUUAUUCCAUUUUUGUCAGAAUUCCAGCUGAAGCAAAAAAUCCUGAAAUAAAAGAAAUCAAUGAUGAGAUUAUUCCUGUCACUCAUAAUACUGAAAAAGAAUUUAUAGAUAGUGAUGAGGAUCUUUUAGAAGUAAAAACAUUUACACAGGAGGAGAUGGAUAUGCACAUAUCAAACUAUGAAGAAGACACCAAAGAACCUGUUGGAGGUCUCAAAAGUCCUGAUCUUGCCAUUUGCAUGAUGACUUUACCUCAGCAGGUAGAAAAACAUUCCACAGAAGACAUUCAGUGUCAAAGGGAAGACCCGUUGGAGACAAAUAGGGAGAAAAAAUUGACUGAACAGAAAAGCAUGACUGAACCCUUUUUAAAUCCUGAACAUACCACUCCUCAUUCAUUUUGUGUGGAUACGAGUUCAGAAAUUUCUAGUGCACAGAUUUCUACAUUUAAAGACAAAUCUUCUUCAGUUCCACCUCUGGUAUCAAAUGGAGUUAAUGUUGCUUCACAAACGCUUGCCCCAACACCUCGGAAGACCCAGAGAAAUGAACGCAGGGCUCAGUUAACAGAUUCUUCAGAUUCUGUCAGGCAGAUGCUCCAAGAUGAAAUGUUUAAGUUAGUUCAGCUACAACAGAUCAACUUUAUGAGCCUAAUGCAAAUAGUAGGAUCAUCCUUUGCUAACUUGCCAGAUGUACAACAACUUUUACAGCAGUCUCAGUCUGUGCAUUUGGAGGGAAACCAAAUAUCAAACCUCACAAGAGGAUGUGGUGAUGUUGGAGACAGCAGCAAAAAUCUUGAGAGAUUUUUCAUUAAACGGCAGUCCGCAGAACAGUAUACCAAAGAGCCUUGCCAGAGCAGCCCACACUACCAUGAAGGAACUAUCCAAUCUGACCAAAAUAUUGAUGGAAAUAUACAGAAUGUUCCACAUGGAAAUACUCCUUUAUGUCAAUUAGAAGUCCAGCCUCAGAAGACAGAACCAACUCCAGCAUCUCAAAAUUUACCACCCACUUCAUUUUCUCCAGCUCCUGCUGAAAAUACUCACUUCUACCUUUUGUCCGCACCUUUAGUUCAGAAGACACCUAGACUUAUCCCAUCUGCAAAAACUUGUAGUACUAGUGAUGGUUUUCCUUUGCUUCAUUUUCAGUCUAAGCAUGAAUUUAAGCCCCCUUUCUUAAAUACAGGAAGAAUCCCACAAGUUCCCUUCAGGCCCCUGCUACAACCAAGGGAGACUCAGGGCUUUUCUGAUUCCUUCCAAACUGCUGUUCCACCGAGAGUACUACAAACUACUUCAAUAUCUCAUUUGAAUUUAAGCCAGUAUAAUACUGAAGCCAUUAAAAGUGCAGUUGAGCAGAAGAAACAGGAAGAAAUUGAAAUUACAGAAAUUCCUAAGCAUGUGAACUUGGAUCAAUAUGUUAGACAAGAAAACUUGACACCUCAAUGGGAUUCUUCAGUACGUAUGGAACCAGAAAAACUAGUUGAUGAUAAGCCAAGACUCCUUGAGACUGCUCCUCACAAUUCCUUUGGAUUUCCAUUAUUACAUCUACAACUUAAACCUCUGUAUAUACCUUCAUCACCCUCAAGAGCAUCAGUUACAUUUCCCCCAAUACCUAUCAGAACUGUAACAGAAGAAAGAUACCCAAGACUAUCAUUGCUUCAUUCAUGUCUGUCUCCUGAAAAUAUGUGCAAAAAGCCACAACUUAUCCCACUUGAAAACCUCAUUGCAUUUAAACAAAGCCAACAGAAACUAACACAUGAUUUAUUUGAGCAGGGUGAUACUGGGCACCUUCAGCUUGUAAAGGUCAAAAUGAAACCACCUGAAGGAAGACAAGGACAGGACAACAAAAAAAGGCAAAGAAGAGCUGAGAAAGAGUUGAAAGAAAAAAGAUCUGAGGAAUUGAGGAGAAAAUCAAAUGUGACUUUUCGAUCAGAGGAUUCCAUCAUUGAUGAUGAUGAUUCAGAAACUGUUAAAAAACCCAAGGAACAAGAAUAUUGUGAUUUCCAGCCUGUGGAUGACUUCGAAAUUCCUUUUGAAAUGCUGCAAAAUGAUAAUACUUCAGCUGGAUUGCAUUUCAUGGCCUCUGUAAAAAAGAAAAUUAUAGGAAGUCAGGAUGCAAGUACAAACACAGAACCAGAACAUGAACCAUUGAAUGUUCCUCAGCUGUUGGUUCCAGAAAUGUAUCUAAAUCUCAAACUUUCCACUGAAAUAUCAGAAAAACCACUGUCACCUUCAGCACCUCAUAUGGUAACAAAUUUGGAAUUACCUAUCAGAGAAGAGCCUUCAAAUGAUGAUAUCAUCAAACAGCAAGAUAAUCAUCCAGAAGUUCCAUCAUCUGCAGAGUUACAUUAUAUGGCAGCUUCAGUUACUAACACUAUUCCCCCAUACAAUUUUAACAGUCAAGAUCUGUCUAAACCAGACUUCCAAUUCAAAGAACAGAGCACAGAGCCAGACUCAGCAGAUUUUCCAUUGUGGAAACUGCUGCAGGAUGUCUCUGCAGCUUAUCCUGCACCAAGCCCUGCAGCUCGCCGACUAGAGCAUCUCACCGCUAAGCUUCAAAAAAUUGAUGAACAGCUUUUAACGAUACAGAAUAUUGCUGAGAACAUAGAGCAAGAUUUCCCCAAGCCUGAGAUGCUAAAUCUACGGUCUGAUAAGGUUGGACCAGUGGAUCACAUUGAAUUGCCUUCUGGCCCUGAAAUUGCUUCAAAAACCAUGAACAUUUCUGAAGAAGUGCAUUUUUUGACUCACAUGGAUGAGGAAGAUCAAAGUGACAAAGAAGAGACUUCAGAAGCUGAAUUUUCAGUAAUAGAAAAUCAUUCUAGCCAGAAAACCUAUGUGUUUCCUGCCAGUUCAGCUGUCAGCCUUUCCAGUGACCAGAAUACUACUUCUCCUGGUUUGAAUAACAGUGAUGAACUGUUUGAGAGUUCUUCAGUAGAUCCACUCCAGAUGACUGGAUUGACUGACAUUGCAGACAUUGUUGAUGACCUUAUAACUAAAGGUGGAGUUUCCAGUGAAGAACUUGGCUUAACAGAGCAACAAGCUAGGGGUAUCUCCAGAAUUCAGCAUUCUUGUGGCCGACAUCCACAAAGAACUGAGAAGGAAAGAAAAGAGAUUCGAGUCUGGAUGAAAAGAAAGAGAAAAGAAAGAAUGGCAGAGUAUCUAAAUCAGCUGGCAGAAAAGAGAGGACAAGAACAUGACCCUUUCUGUCCCAGAAGCAAUCCAUUUUAUAUGACUUCAAGGGAAAUCAGACUGAGACAAAAAAUGAAGCAUGAAAAAGACAGAUUGCUGCUCUCUGAACACUAUGGUCGUCGAAUCUCACAAGCAUACAGUCUGAUGAAUGAACUGUUAUCUGAGUCAGUACAGCUACCAGCAACUGCACAGAAACCACUGCCUAACAAACCCAGCACUACCCAGGCUUCCAGAUGGCAACACUACCCUUCUCCAAGAGGAGAAAAUCAACAUGGUCAGAGUUUUCCAAUAAAUCGACCUGGAAAAGUCAGGUGUAUACCCAAACCAAGUUACACCCAUAAAGGGAAACCUUUUGGGCAUCCUCAAGGCUCACCUUGGCCACAUGGAGCUGCCACUUUUACCAUACAGAAAAAAGCUGGAGGAGCCAAAGCAGUAGUAAGAAAGGCUGCGCAGUCUUCAGUUAUCUUCCAAAAAGGCUUUCAUGCUCCAUGUCGUAGUCCACAGCGUACAAAAAGACAUGGAAGAGCUGGACUUGUGCCCCAAGCCAAGCAGGUGUGCAUCGAGUAUGAGAGAGAGGAGACGGUGGUGAGUCCCUGGACGUUGCCUUCAGAAAUCCAUAAGCUUCUUCAUGAGAGUCAUGACUCCCUUCUGCGAGACUUGUCACCUACUGAAGAAGAGCCAGACCCUCCUACUGGGGUGGGUGGCACGGACAGCAGGUCUGAGAGCACUGGCAGCAUCCUCAGCAAGCUUGACUGGAAGGCCAUUGAAGACAUGGUGGCCAGCGUGGAGGACAAGGGCCUUUCUGUCCACUGGGCCCUGGACCUGUAAGACCUGGAUAUCUAUGUUUCCAACAGGCCAACACCUCAGUAAUGUGGUUUUGAAAGAUUUGUGGGCUUAAUGAGGAGAAGCAAUGAAGAAAGCAAUGUGAAUUUACCACCUGCAGCUAUACCUGGAUUAGCCAUUUUGAGGGGAAAAAUAAACACUUCUCAAUAAUUCUGCCUUCAUAGGGAAAGGGUUGUUCAACUAUAGAUAUGUUAUAUGUUUUUGUAUUUGACUUAUCAUUAGACAUAAAUAAGUACAUUUCAUGCCAAGUUUGAAUAAUUAAACUUUCAAUAAAAGCCUUAUACCUUGCCUC